GUGAAGUUUCUGUUGUGAAAUCGUCAGUCUCUCUGUCUCACUGCAGCAAGAUGGCUUCAAACUUGUGGUCAGACGAUCAGUUUAGCUGUCCAGUGUGUCUGGAGAUAUUGAAGGACCCAGUCACUACAGCAUGUGGACACAGUUACUGUAUGAGGUGUAUUAAGAACUGCUGGGAUCAGACUGAUCAUACAGGUGUCUACAGCUGCCCCCAAUGCAGAAAGACCUUUACCCCAAGGCCUGAUCUGUGCAGAAACACCAUGCUGGCUGAAGUUGUGGAGAAAUUAAAGAAGACAGGACUCAGUCCUCCUCCUGCUCAAAGUUAUGCUGGACCUGGAGAUGUGUCGUGUGAUUUCUGCACUGGGAGAAAGUUCAAAGCUGUGAAAUCCUGUUUGACGUGCCUGGCCUCUUACUGUGAAACACACGUCAAGCCACACUAUGAGGGGGCUGCUUUCAAGAGGCACAAGCUGAUCAAUGCAAUUGGAAAUCUGGAGCAGAAGCUUUGUGCAGAACACCAACGAUUAUGUGAGGUCUUCUGUAGAACCGAUCAGACGUGUAUUUGCUGGCUGUGUGCAGACGAGGAACACAAGAGCCAUGAUAAAGUCUCAGUUGAGAAAGAAAGGACUGGGAAACAGAAGCAGCUGGGAGAGACACAAACAGAAAUACAACAGAGAAUCCAGGAGAGACUGAAAGAAGUGGAGAAGCUGAAUGAGGCUGUGAAGUCACUGAAAAGAUCUGCAUGCAUAGAAAUAAAGGAAAGUGAGAAGAUCUUUACUGAGCUGAUCCGAUCCAUUGAGAAGAUCCACACUGAGGUUAUUGAGCUGAUUGGAGCUAACGAGAAGGCUGCAGUGAAUCAGGCUGAAGGACACAUGAAGAAACUGGAGCAGGAGAUUGCUGAGCUAAGGAGGAGAGACGCUGAGCUGAAACAGCUUUCAGAGACAGAGGAUCACAUCCAUUUUCUACAGAAUUUCCCGUCUAUCUGUGUCCCUCCUGAAGCUGGAGACUUACCCAGCAUUACUCUCAAUACAGACAUCUCUUUUGGGGCUGUGAGGAAAGCUGUAUCUGAACUUAAAGACCAUAUUGAGGACUUCUGCAAGGGGGAAUUAGUCAAAAUAACCACAACAGUGAAUGAAACAGCAGUUUAUACCCUGGGGUCUAGGAGCCAUGACAGACGUUUCAAAGUAAAUGAAGUUGUAGUUUGCAGUCUGCAGGCUCCAGAGCCAAGGAACAGAGCUGAGUUUUUAAAAUAUUCUAGUCAGCUCACACUGGACCCCAACACAGCGUAUAGAGAGCUCUAUCUGUCUGAAGGGAACAGAAAUGUGACACGGGGGAGAGAAAACCAGCGAUAUCGUGAUCACCCAGAGAGAUUUGAUUACUGGGAUCAAGUGCUUUGCAGAGAGGGCUUGUCUGGGACUCGCUGUUACUGGGAGAUUGAGUGCAGUCAGGGAGGGGUUUCUAUAGGAGUCACAUAUAAAGGAAUCAGCAGGAAAGGAGAGGAUCUUUCCUGUCUUCUUGGAUUCAAUGACAAGUCCUGGAGUUUGAUCUGCUCUGGUUGCAGUUACUCUGCCCGGCACAAUAACAAUAAAACUGCAAUAACUGCCCCCCGAUCCCCCAGAAUAGGAGUGUAUCUGGACUUUAAUGCUGGCACUCUGUCAUUUUAUGGCAUCUCUGACACAAUGACACUCCUGCACAAAUUCCAAACCACAUUCACUGAGCCGCUCUAUCCUGGGUUUUGGCUUCGUUCUUAUGAUUCCCCUGUAACAAUCUGCCAGCUGAAGUAGACUGUUCUGUGUUUUAAGAAAACCUUUGUAUUGAACUCACCGUCUGUCCUCUCCACUCCUCGGGUGAAAGGAAAGUUGAAUUUGACACAACUUUGGAUGAAAGUUAGGGGGUAAAAUGGCGCCACUUGCAGAGUUAAACAAGGUGAAUUAUUUGUUUUACACUUGGGGCCAAGGUAGCCUCAUUUUUACUGUUUAAUCUCUGUCAGGUGUUUUUGUAAUUGUAAACACUCACAACUGGACAAAUGUUUCAGCAUAACAUGUUCAAUAUGUCCUGAGUAUUUACUGAUUACAAACACAUAAACAGCACCAAGUGGCAGACUUAGUUGGCAUCUCUGCACAGUGCUAGAAUUCCCACAGCAUGUACUGAUAAGUAUCUCUUAAGGUGAUUGUAGCUCACUAAAUAAUUCCACAACGUGUUCCUAUAUUGCACUUCCAUUGGCUACUUAGAUCUCUAAUGUGCAGGUUUGAAAAACAUGACGGGCAAGAUUCACAGAAAACCAUGUUCUUAUUUCAAAUUGGAUUGUGUCUAUCAAAUGGAUAUUUAUAGAGGUGUUUAUAUUAUUUUGGAUUUUUGGUACAUCUGUUAUUAUUUUUGUUUGUAAAUGAUCUCAUCGGAUUUCUGAAAUGGUUGGAUAAUUACCCUCACAAGCACUUCAUUAGAUGCAGUUGGUCUACUUGUUAUGCAGUUCAGUUGCAGUAUUUAUUUAUUAUUUUUGCUUAUUUGAACAAUAAUGUGAGUGAAAUAUCAUCACAAGAAAGAAGAAAUUUCCAUGGAUAACAUAAAUCACCAUCAAAUUGCAUUACAUGUGUAAUCUGCCCACAGUGGAAAAGCAGAAAGGUGUUUUAAUCCUGACCUUUGUCGCCCUCUUCAGGACAAACUCUGCAACUGCACAGAGCCUGAUUGAAAGCAAUUCUUUUCACUUGGUGUGGUUCCAUUGGAAAUGUAGGGCCCUAUUCACACAACCUUAAGGACUGUCCCAAGCACUGUUUUGUUAAAAUAAUACAAAAAACAAAUUCAUCUAGACAAUGUGGGGAAGCUAUAAAAAAGGCCAACAAUAUGCUCGGAUAUAUAGUGUUGAAUUUAAAUCAAGGGAAGCUAUGUUAAAACUUUAUAAUGCAUUAGUGAGACCUCAUGUAGAAUAUUGUGUUCAGUUCUGGUCACCUCAUUACAAAAAGGAUAUUGCUGCUCUAGAAAGAGUGCAAAGAAGAGCAACCAGAAUUAUCCCGGGUUUAAAAGGCUUGUCGUAUGUAGACAUGCUAAAAAAAUUGAAUCUAUUCAGUCUUGAACAAAGAAGACUACGAUUCAAACAUUCAAAAUCCUAAAAGGUAUUGACAAUAUCAACCCAGGGGACUUUUUCACCUGAAAAAAGAAACAAGGACCAGGGGUCACAAAUGGAGAUUAGAUAAAGGGGCAUUCAGAACAGAAAAUAGGAGCCACUUUUUUACACAGAGAAUCGUGAGGGUCUGGAACCAACUCCCCAGUAAUGUUGUUGAAGCUGACACCUUGGGAUCCUUCAAGAAGCUGCUUGAUGAGAUUCUGGGAUCAAUAAGCAACUAACAACCAAACGAGCAAUGGCCUCCUUUCGUUUAAAAACUUUCUUAUGUUCUUAUAUCUUUUCCUUGUGUUAUUAUUAUUAUUUGUUUAAUUAUUUAAUUAUAUUUCUGAGAACUUUCGGAUAAUUACCCUAAGAAGCAUUUAAUUAGAUGCAUCGGGUGGACUCGUCAGGCAUUUUAAAGUUUCAAUAUUAUAAUUGUUUUCUUAUUUUAAUAAUGUGAGUGAAAUAUCAUCACAUGAAAGAAGACAUUUCCAUGGAUCUCAUAAAUGACAUGGCUUGAGAUUCCUUUUUGUAUUUGUACACAGGAUGUGAAACGUUAUUUCAUUCAGUAUCAUGGAUUUUAUUGAACUCGUUUCCUACAUAUUUCUACACUGUUACAAUCCACUCUCCCCAUUAUAUUAUAACGUUACAUUGAAUCUAUCUUGCUUCAUCUACCGUUUGAGGAGUAAUAGAUACGGAUGACUGCAACUUUAUUUCCAAGAAGAAACCCUCUUUCCAAAGAAUUCAAACCAGCAAGGCAGUCUGAUUAAACCCUGAUUGAGAUUGGUGACAGCAAUCCUGUUACCCUAUCUGUGAUCUGACAGGAGAUAACAGACGUGUUGUGUCUAAUCACACAGUACAUGAUUGCUGUCCGUUUGUGUCUGGUUUCUGUUCCCACUAGAUGUCACUGUUUCCUCUGUUUUCUUCAUAUCCACAUUCAGGAGUGUUUGAAAUGAAUAUAGAUUGGUGGAUGACCACAGGAAUGAAAUAGGGGAGGUGGGGGUGGAAAGUAAAAUUAAAAUAAAAAAUAUAUCAAUGUGUUUAAUAUAUAUUAGUUACUACAAUGUGUUAUUCUUCAGUUCUAAUUUCUCAGUAUGUUUUGGUUGAUGAAAUAAAAAUAAAAUAAAUAAAUACCUCAAAUCAUUCAGGAGUGUUUGUUCCUGUGACUCUGUAUUAUCCAAUUGGUUUAAUAAACAAUACUGUAUUUUCUCUUUGUAA